AAAUACGCAGGAUAUUUAUAAGGUCAAUGAUCAAUUAAUUAGAUAAAUGAUAACUCAGGCCACAUAAUAAAAUCGUGUCCUACAUGAACUUCUUAUGCAAAGGGUUUAGGGAAGUUAAACGUGCCGUAAGGAUAACUUCGUAACACACACAAGACAAAGUUCAGAAUUUCCCAACCCAAUUACUUGUAUAUUACUUUUUUUUUUUUUGAAGGAUGUCUAUUACUUGUUCAUAGUAUUACUAUUUUGCACUUUAUCCCUUACCUUACCCUUAAGUAAUUCUAACCAUGUGCUCUCCCAAACUAUCCAAAGUAUCUCUUUCACAACAAAACAUAAUUAGUCUUUAAAAACUCCAUUUAUAUUCUUUUGCCUCAUUUGCAUAUCUCUAUAGGUAAGGCAAUCUUCUUGAAAUUGCCCUACCAUGGAGCCAAGUCAGCCUCCACCGCCACCACGACAACCUGACAAUCACCAAGAAAGGCGGUCCACCCAACGAUUUCAUCCCUCACAGGGUUUUGCAGAUAGAGUCCUAAGGGCUCUAGGGCAUCGUCUACUACUCCUUUAUAGGUCGGACCCAAAUUUCUACAUCCUUGGUGCCACGGGAAAUGUGUACAUUGUUAACGUAUCAACAACUCUUGCAUGCAAGUGCCCUGAUCGUACAACCCCUUGCAAACACAUUUUAUUUGUGCUUAUCAGGGUCCUAGGAGUCUCCUUAGAUGAUCCUUUUCUAAGAAGACGGACCCUGAGGUCUAGUCAGGUGACUCGUCUCCUGGCUAACCCGACCUCCAGUGACUCCCUUGCAGGCCAAACCCUUCGUGAGAGGUUCCAUCGAGCAUUCUUCCUCCAGAGGGAUGGUGGUGGGGCUGCCCAAGCCCAACGCAGUGUCGUUGAAGAGGGUGCAAUGUGUCCUAUCUGCCUCGAAGAGAUGGGAAACUCAGGGGAAAAGUUGGUGGCUUGUGCAACUUGUCGGAACUUCUUGCAUGAAGAGUGCUUAUUGACUUGGAAAAGGACUCAGAGAAGAAGAUCAGUAAGUUGUGUGAUUUGUAGAUCAAGAUGGAAAGAUAGGGCGGAUCAAGAGAAGUAUUUAAACUUGGCUGCUUAUGUUGGUGAAAAUCAUCAUAUGGCUCCUGAAAGUGCAAGAGGUACUGCUUGUCGCGAAUAGUCAAAUUUGGAUGUUCAUCUGGAUCACCCCUUGAAAGUUUCAAGAUUGUUGAUGCAGUCAGUCAUCAAUUGUACAAACAAGUCUAUUGUUCGAUAUCUUCAUUCUUUUCUACUCUGUAGCUACUACUAAAAAAAUUUAGCAGAAACACUUGGGAUUCA